AUGUUAAAGGACCUGCUCAAGACCUCCUUGGAAGAUCCAGGAAGGACACGACAUGCCACCAGGGAGUGGAAGAAUCUUCUAGCGAUCGUCAGCAGCGGCACGGAAUUCAUGUGGAAGCAGACUCUGCCAGGCUUACGUGCCAGCAUCCCAAAAAAGACAGUUCCAACCACAUGCAGCGUCAGAACCACCGGCCAGGUUAGUCUUCCAGACUACGUUGAAAAUGCUCUUAAACUUGGACCUAAGUUCGCCGUCGAGCCACGGUUGAGUGCGCCGGAACUUUUGAGCCUUGUGCGACGGAUAUCAAAGUGUGCCCCGGAAGGUGAAGCGAAUCGAUGUAUAUCGGAAGGGGUUGAUGUGAUCUCGCGGAAGAAUAUUGGGGCUUCACGGGUGCCUGUAAGCCGUGUUGUGUCGUUCUUGAAGCAGAAGCGACUGUGCGUUCUGCCAGCGGAUAAGGAGGGCGGAUUUGUUGUCCUAGGGGAAGGUGACUAUGACGAGAGAGCCUGUUCUGCAGUUGCCAAAGUUUUUAAUGAGUGCAAUAAUGUGUCUCUUAGGAAGGUAAAACUUGAAACAAAACGUCUCUGUAAAAAUUUGGGCCUGAGUAGAUUGUUUCACAAUAUUGACGCAGCCAAGAAAGAUAGCCUUGAUAUUAUGUUUAGCGCGAAAACGCACAAGCCUGAAUGGCCAUUGAGGGUAAUAGUUUCGGAAAUAGGGUCAUGGCAGAAGAACCUAGCCCUUUUCUUGCAAGAAAGGCUCGGUAUUCUUAAAAUUGACGACCCCUUUUUGAUUAGGCAUUCCGGGGAAAUAUUAGAUUUCCUGAAGAGUAACCCAGACAAAGGUUUUUUCGCCUGCUCCUUUGACAUAAAAGAUUUAUAUUAUUCUUUGCCUCAAAAUGAACUAAUCGAGCGCGUGGAAGAAUGUAUUGACAGCUUUGGUGUGGUUGCGUUUCAAAACUCAGCCGAGAUUUCGGUUCAAUGCUUUUUAGACUUGCUUCGCUUAUAUCUCCGCUCGACAUUUGCCACGUGGAAUGGGAAAACUUUCCUUCAGAAGCAGGGCAUCUGUAUCGGCUCCUGUUUGGCGCCGGUACUGAGUGACAUUUUUCUGGCCCACCAUGAUAGAAAUCUGGCACAUGUCUUGUCACAGCACAGGGUGGCAAAAGUUGUGAGAUACGUGGACGAUUACCUUGUCUUGUUCGAGCGUGAAGAAAACGUAGCAGUAAGUCAACUCGAAGCUGUUUUUUCUGCUUGCCUUAGCCCACUCGUUAUUACAGUAGAAGAGCCAACCGAUAGCGUGCUGCGGUUUUUAGACAUUGAAUUGGAAUUCAAGCAGCAGCACACGUGUUGGGAAUACAAGCCCAGAGCUAAUAAGCCCCUGUUGCCAUACCAAUCUGCUCACUCGAAGCUAGUAAAAAGAAGCAUUGCCAAUCUGUGUUUUGGGAACGCAUUGCGGAAAUCUUGCCAUCAUAAAAUUCAGAAAAGUGUCAUGAGUCAGUCGGAGAGGUUAUCCGCAGCAGGUUUCCCAGAGUCGAUACAGGUGUCUGUUGUCGAGGGUUUGCUUAAAAAAUGCCGGUUGGACAGUCGCCCUCGGGAAGCAGACAUCCAACCGGCAGUGAGUAGGAGCAGAGUUGCAGUAGUGCCGUACCUGCACAAAACUGCUCAUAACCUGAAGAAAGUAGCUAGUCGAGUGGGCAUUAAAGUAGUAUUCUCAGCACCACAAAAGCUUGGCAGGAUAAGUCGCUUGACGGACCCGCACCGCAAGCCUGCUGUCGGUUGCUCCAAGAAGCAUCGCGAUCAUUUUGUGGCGUGUGUUGAAGGGGUAGUUUAUGGGCUUCCUCUGACUUGUGGUGGUAUAUGUAUAGGUCAGACGGGUAGAUGCCUUAAUGACCGUCUUCGUGAACAUAAGCUCAAUGUUAAAAACAAGAAUAAUUAUGGCCAUUUGUCAGUACAUUGCGUGGAAUGGAGCAAGGGGCCAUAG